GCUUAUAAGUAGAAUGACCGGCAGUUGACACCAGUUAUACAACCGACCUCGGACUAUUCAAUAUCGCGGGUUAUUUUAUUUAAAUAUUAUGGAUAAAAUAUAUCUUGUUUUAUAUAGUGUUUUGCUGGCCAACGUCGUGUUUGGACUGAGCAUUCGUCAUAAACGGCAAAAUGAUAAUGAUGAAUUAGAAGACAGGUAUGCGUGGCAAGAAUCUUUUCCUGGAAUAAGUAACCCCAGGCCGCGACCAAAUGGAUUUCCAUUCCCACCACAAAACCCUGGCCGUUUUCCCUUCCCAAAUCCGAAUUUUAUCCCUAACCAAAACAAUUUUCCCAACUCAAAUAAUUUCCCCAACCAAGAUAAUUUCCCCAACCAAAAUAAUUUCCCCAACCAAAAUAAUUUCCCCAACCAAAAUAAUUUCCCCAACCAAAAUAAUUUCCCCAACCAAAAUAAUUUUCCCAGCCCUAACCCGUUUCCGAACCCUAUUCCAACAGUGGCGCCUACAGUCCAACCAAACGGAGGGACUACUACCACCCAGUCACCAGCAGUUCAAAACUGCAUCCGCAGCUGCCCAGUGACACCGGAGUACAACCCAGUCUGUGGAUCUAACGGCAACACUUACGACAACCCUGGAAGAUUGACUUGCGCCCAAUCUUGUGGUGUUCCUGUCCGCCUGCUGAGAUCUUCAAGGUGUCCAACCACCACGCCUGCUCCUACCGCAUAAAUUAACUGUAAUUUAUAAUUAUGUAAAUAUUAGACCUCGAUACGCAUACUAUAAGUUUUUUGUCAUUUA